AUGCGGUGGCGGCUCUGGGGGCGCUGCGGGGGGAGCGGGCAGCGGCGGGGGUCGCUCCUGCCCCUCGGACCCGGGCUCGGACUCAGGCUUUUGUUCCUCUUGCUGCUGCUGCUGGGAGGUGGCGAGGCGGCUCCACUUCCGCAAACAGGUGCAGGGGAAAUAGCUGCAGCUGAAGUUUCUUCCUCUUUUGUGGCUUUGGCUGCAUGUAGUUUAGUAGUCCUGGUAAUACUGCUUGUGAACUGUGUUUCCUGCUGUAAAGAUCCAGAGAUAGACUUUAAGGAAUUUGAAGAUAAUUUUGAUGAUGAAAUAGAUUUUACACCACCAGCAGAAGAUACCCCAUCUGUUCAGUCUCCAGCAGAAGUGUUUACUCUUUCAGUUCCGACCAUUGCUUUACCAGCUCCAUCCCAGUUUCAGCCUCCUGCAGAAGGAUCAAAGUCUCAAGUUGCACGUCAGAGUCUAAACUAUAUUCAAGAAAUUGGAAAUGGCUGGUUUGGAAAGGUCCUACUUGGGGAGAUCUACUCAGGUACUAGUGUAGCGAGAGUAAUAGUGAAGGAAUUAAAGGCAAAUGCAGGUCCCAAAGAACAAGAACGGUUUUUGAGAAAUGGAGAACCUUACUACAUUCUUCAGCAUCCAAAUAUUCUGCAGUGUAUUGGGCAGUGUGUGGAAGCCAUCCCGUAUCUUCUGGUGUUUGAGUUGUGUGACUUAGGUGACCUGAAAACCUAUCUCUGCAAUGAGCAGGAGCAUAUUAAUGGAGAUUCACAAAUAAUGCUGCUACAGAGAAUGGCGUGUGAGAUCGCUGCUGGACUUGCCAUAAUGCAUAAACAUAAUUUUGUGCAUAGUGAUUUAGCCUUAAGGAAUUGCUUUCUUACAUCUGAUUUAAAUGUAAAAGUAGGAGAUUAUGGAAUAGGAUUCAGUAGAUACAAGGAGGAUUAUGUUGAGACAGAUGAGAAGAAGUUUGUUCCUCUUCGAUGGAUUGCACCUGAGCUAGUAACAAGCUUUCAAGACAGAUUGUUAGCAGCAGAGCAAACCAAGUAUAGUAACAUAUGGUCACUGGGUAUAACAUUGUGGGAGCUUUUUGACAAUGCUGCUCAGCCUUAUUCACACUUUUCUGACAGAGAAGUUCUAAUCCAGGUCAUAAAAGAGAAACUCGUUAAACUCUCUAAGCCACAUCUGGAACAGCCAUAUUCUGAUAGAUGGUAUGAAGUUCUACAGUUCUGCUGGCUACCUCCAGAUAAGAGACCAACAGCAGAGGAAGUACACAGACUUUUAACAUAUCUCCGCAUGCAAAGCCAAAGGGACUCUCAGAUAGAUUUUGAACAGCAGUGGAAUGCUCUUAAGCCAAACACUUCCAAUAGAGAAUCAAAUAACUCUGCAUUUCCAAUCCUAGAUCAUUUCACAGGAGAUCGACUUGGCCAGGAAAUGGAAGAAGUCCUCACUGUAACUGAAACAAGUCAGGGACUCAGCUUUGAAUAUAUCUGGGAGGCAGCUAAACAUGAUCAUUUUGAUGAAUGCGGUCAGGUGAAUCCUGAUGAAGCAAUGACUUAUACAAACAUUUUCUUUCCAGUUGAGGUUUUUGAAAGGUCACUUUCAGAGCAACGGUCUGGAGCACAGGAUGAAAGUGGUCAGGAAGCAUCUCUUAAUGUACCUGGGGUGCUUCCUGUUUUUGAUGCUCACAAACGUUCUCUUGGAAGUGAUUACUAUAUUCAGUUAGAAGAAAAAGACGGGGGCAGUAGCAUGAAUUUUGAUAAUCAGUCAGCUGUACUAACAACAGAAGUUGAUCAUCAAGAAAUUGUACAGGACAAAAAUUCUCUUUUCAUGGUUCCCAGGGAUCUUGAUGCUGAAGAAUCCAGCACAGAUGGGGAGUUUUUCCACUAUAACAGAGAUCCUAAAGAUGAGGCUUUGCAUGUUACUAAUGGUCCUGAAAGCCCUUUCCAGAAUAUAUUUAAUGAUAUUGACAGAGCAGAGGAAUUGACAAAUAACAGAAAUAUAUUUGACUUAACUGAACUAAAUGAUAUUCAUGUAGAAUUUAAGCCAACAGUUUUAAGUUCAAGUCUAGAGGUAUCAAAAGCAGUCAGUUAUCUUGAUAAGGAGAGUUCUAGUCAUGUUUCUGAAAAUGAGGCGCUUUCCUUAUAUGAAAAUAUGAGAGAGUCUGAUUUUAGCGUGCUAUCUGUAGAAGAACUCUCUGAUAACUUUCUGUUUCUUCAAGAGAAGAAUUUAUUAAAGGGGAUAUUGACUAACAAAGAUAGCAGUGAUGAUAUCAGGCCAAAAUCAGAAAAAACAGAUUUUAAAAAUAUAUCCGAAACAUCAAAUAGCAACUCUCUGGACAUCGAACUAAAACUGGCUAAAAGUACACCAGACUUUUCUUUAUUGCAUGAUGAUUUAAAAACGGGGAACAAAGAAGAUCAUGUCCAUGUGCCUGCAGAUGAAGAUGUGAGUGUUCUGCUUCAGUCUCUUGCAGAAACGCAGGUUCCUUCUGCUUCACUUGUAACCGAUGAGAAGUCACAAGAUAAAUAUCAGAACCUCCCCAUACUGAAAGGCGGUGAUAAAUUUUCAUAUGUAGGAGUGGAUAAAAACUCAUCCCACAGUAUUAAUGAUAGUUUCUGUCAAGGAAAGGAACAAGGCAUUGAAGAUGCCUCCAUUGAAAUACUAUCCAGUAAUGCCAAAAAUCAAAGUUUUGGAAAUGAUUCAUGUUAUGGUGUCACACUUGAAAUUGAAGAGCCUGAGGGACAAAUAAAAAAUGAAACACUUGUUAAUUAUGAUGAAAUUACUUUUGGGAGAAACCUUGGUGUAGAGAAAGGAAAUACUAAUAAGGAAUCUAUGAACUAUGAUUUACAGAAGACUUGUUCUGCAUUAGAACAGGAUGAUGAGGGUUUACUGGAGAACAACAAUGAAACUUCAAAUCCUCUUCAAAAAUAUAGCGACACUCCUAAAGAAGUGACUUUAAUAUCUGGCAUUUCAUCAGACCGUGCAAGUCAAGAUCAUCUGUUGGAAGACAGCUCAUCAUCUCCCUCACAGACUAUGGAACAGUCCAUAAAAACACCAGACUCUAUGGAUUCAUUAGAUGUGAAUGAGGUAUUAGAGUCUUUAGGGGCCCAAAGUCCCCAGAAACUUUUGCCACCUGAUAAACCUGCUGAUAGUGGCUAUGAAACUGAAAAUCUGGAGUCUCCAGAAUGGUCUUCACAUCUUACUGUUGAUGAUAUGUCUAACACAGACACUACACCAUGUGUUGUUGGUGAUAGGCAAGCUAGUGAUUUGCCAGCCAAUCCAGUAAUCAUUGUUUCUGCAGAAACAGCUUGCUCAGAUUCAAUAAAUAGCAAUAGUAACUUCGAAAUAACUACAAAGAAUUUUGCUAAUGGAAGUCAGAACUCUUACAGGGACUCUGCCUAUUUUUCUGAUAAUGAUUCUGAGCCAGACAAAAAAACAGAAGAGACUGUAAACAAAUCAGCAGAACCAACAGUACUAACAGUAGAUACUUGUAGAACCUCUUCCAGCAUAGAAGAGAAUAAAACUGAAGAUUAUUAUUGUUUUGAAGAUAUACAAUCAAAGCACAGUCAAAUAGAGAAUUACCAGGACCCCAGUAAUUUAGACACAGAGUUAGCAUUAAAUAACAAGUUGGGGAUACAGAAAACAGAUGUAAUGAUGCAGGUGUGUCCUGACAAAUGGAGUAAAGAAACUCCGAUAUUUGCAGUGAAUUCUGAACAAAACUAUAGGGGUGAAAUUAAACUACAUGAGGAAUCUCGCAGAAAUGUCUCUUGUGUUGGCACUAAUACUUCAGAAUUUCUUCCAUGCAGAGACUUAAAGUCUAUUAAUAACACACACAGUCCUUCAGGUUCAACUGAUACUGAAAAAUCCUUGUGCCACAUUGAAGGACCUAAACUGAAAGAGCCAGAUAUUGAAGGAAAAUACCUUGGUAAACUUGAUGUUUCUGGAAUGCUUGAUUCAUCAGAGGAUGGAGAUGAUGCAGAUGAAGAAGAUGAAAACAGUGAUGAUUCUGAAGAUGAUAUGAGAACUUUCCAUUUGCGUAGUCUUAGCUCUGACAGUGAAGAUGAAACUGUGCAUCAGGUGCCUGUGAUACUUUCUGAUAAAGAUGAUGGAAAACAUCUGAGAAGCCUGCUGAAACUUCCAGAAUCUCUUAAACAUGACAGGCCCUCUGAGUACUGGAAAAGUGAGAAAAAGGCAGUAACAUUCUUUGAUGAUGUCACAGUCUAUCUGUUUGAUCAGGAAACACCAACCAAAGAGCUGGGAAACCGUGCAACAGAAUCAAACAACCAAGGCUCUGCUAGCACUCCUGUCCUAUCUUCAGGUCUCAGUUACUUGAAUAGAUUUACAAAUUCAGAAAGCUCUACUGAUGAAGAAGGUGGAGGUUUUGAAUGGGAUGAUGAUUUCUCUUCUCCAGAACCCUCUUUUAUAGCUAAGUCAGCGAAUAACCUCAUUAGUUCUAAGCCAGCUCUUCAGACUUCAAAGUACUUUUCUCCACCUCCACCUUCCCGGAGUCUUGAACAAAACUGGUCACAUUCAUCACCUUAUUCCAGGUUCUCUAUCUCUCCUGCAAACAUUGCAAGUUUUUCUCUCACACAUGUUACAGAUUCAGAUAUUGAGCAAGGAGGAAGCAGUGAAGAUGGAGAAAAAGAUUAG